UCGUUAGAAGCCGGUUAUCUUCUUUAUUGUAUUCCAUAACAUAUUUUUAAGAAUGGCCGAUGCAAAUGCAGAAAACGAAGGACCAUUAGGUCCUGAUGGGAAACCUAUAUCUAAGAAAGCCCUGAAGAAACAACAGAAACAGGCUGAAAAGGCAGCUAAGAAGGAACAGCACAAGCAGGCUGCUGGAGGAGACGGAAAUGAAGAUACAGAAAAAGAAGACUUUGCAAAGGACUCUUAUGGCAAGUGUCCCAUGAACCAGUCCCAGGAGAGGGUAGAGAGAGACCUCGUCCCUGUGCAGAGCCUCACCCUGGAGCUGGCAGAGAAGAAGAAGGACGAGAAAAUAUGGUGCAGAGGAAGGUUGCACACCAGUAGAAGUAAAGGAAAGCAAUGUUUCUUUGUGUUGCGGCACCAGCAUUUCAAUGUACAGGCCAUAGUUGCUGUUGGGGAGAGAGUUAGCAAACAGAUGGUGAAAUUUGUGGCAGCUAUCACAAAAGAAUCUAUCAUAGACGUUGAAGGCUACGUGAGAAAAGUGGACCAGAAAAUAGAGAGCUGUUCUCAACAAGAUGUGGAGCUCCAUGUGGAACAGGUUUGGGUUGUGAGUGCAGCAGAACCUAGGUUACCUGUACAGAUUGAUGACCUGUCACGACCAGAGAGUGAAGAUGACUUGGCCAAAGUGAACCCGGACACCAGACUGGACAAUCGCAUCCUGGACCUGCGUACUGCCACCAGUCAGGCCGUCUUUAGACUGCAGGGAGGGGUGUGUCGGCUCUUCAGGGACACACUGACCGCCAAGGGGUUCACCGAGAUACACACACCCAAAAUUAUCUCAGCUGCCAGCGAGGGAGGGGCCAAUGUAUUCACAGUAAGCUACUUCAAGGGCAGUGCUUAUCUGGCACAGUCACCACAACUGUACAAGCAGAUGGCCAUUGCAGGGGACCUUGACAAGGUGUUCACAGUGGGGGCAGUGUUCCGUGCUGAGGAUUCCAACACACACAGACAUCUGACAGAGUUUGUAGGCCUGGAUGUGGAGAUGGCGUUCAAGUAUCACUACCAUGAGGUGAUGGACGUCAUCGGGGACUUGUUUGUCAAUAUUUUCAAGGGACUCAGGGACAACUUUCAAACAGAAAUUGAUACUAUAAACAAGCAAUACAAGAGUGAACCCUUCAAGUUCUUAGAGCCAUCGCUCAGGCUGGAGUAUCCCGAAGCUGUGAAACUUCUAAGAGCUAACGGAGUUGAGAUGGGGGAUGAAGACGAUCUUACCACUCCUGCUGAGAAACUGCUGGGUAGACUGGUCAAACAAAAGUAUGACACUGACUUCUUCAUGUUGGACAAGUAUCCCCUGGCUGUGAGACCGUUCUACACUAUGCCUGACCCAAAUAGCACGAAAUAUUCCAACUCCUACGACAUGUUCAUGAGAGGAGAGGAAAUUCUCUCUGGUGCACAGCGAAUACACGACCCCGACUUCCUGUCAGAGAGAGCAAAGGUUCAUGGAAUAGACUUGGAGAAAAUCCGUGCUUACAUUGACUCUUUCCGCUAUGGGUGCCCACCUCAUGCAGGAGGAGGAAUAGGUAAGAGAUGGAAACAGGAUUUACUGUGGUGA